AUGCCUUGGUAUUGGUACUGUAGAGACUACUCAACCAUGGAUGUCAAUAGGUGAGAAUCUCACUUUAACCUUAAUCACUUUAUACCAAAUGAACACAGAGACAUAAAAAAAACAUUAUAUAACUUCAGAUAGUAACCCUUAAUGCCUCAAUAUCCAUACUGACAUUUUCCUGUUCCCAUUCAAGACAAUUUGACACUUUUCUAUUGCUGAUCAUUUUCUUAAUUCUCAUAAACAUUUCUCAUGAUGAUAUACUCACAUUAUGGGAAGAAAAUCGUGUUGGCCUCUCUUGGGAUUUUAAGAGUUGGGAAAAGGAAGCUUGGGGGUUUUUUGAAUGAGGAGAAUAAAGAAAAUGGCACAUCAAUAAAUCUACCUGUAGUUCUCCUUUUCAUUUUUUUGGUUUCAAGUAACUGUCAAUACAGCUGUACCUAUAGACUUAAUGGAAUCGCUUUUAGAUUUUAAGGAACAAACCUUUAAUACAAAGAUUAGGCAAAAAGUAUUUUCAAUGUUAUUAAUUUGAAAAACAUUAAUUUUGCCUAUUACCUUGCAUGUUUGCAGACCAGUGAAGGGUAUUCAAGGUUUAACAAGAGAAAUCAUUGUUGCUCUGGUGGCAAACCUGGAGAGCAGAGAGUUGAGACGAUCAGAGGGUGAAGCAAGAGGUUUGCCCUCUGAAAACCCCAGGGCAAGUACCACUGAAGAUGUUGAAGGAAUGAUUGCCCUUUUCCAUGAGUUGCUUGGACCAAUUUUUGAUCACAAGGCAUUUAAGCAAGAAUUCCCAAAAAUAAUGAAUGAAUUCAACAAACGGAUUGAUCCUGAUCUCCCAUUUUACUAUUGGACUGGCAUCCAUGAGCGUUUUCAUUAAAUGAAAACGCUCAUGGAUUAGCUUUGCCGAGCUUCAAUGAGCCGAGCUUCAAUGAGCCAUCUCAAUCAGGAACUGAACGCUUAGAUCGAGUAGUGAUUUCACGUAGAGCUGAUCCAGGGGUGUUUGUGGCAAACCGUGCCAAUCUGCCUCAACGGGGCUCGCUAACUGUUAGGGCUCAAUUUCAUGCAGCAAGUGAGACACUUCCUCCAAUGAAUUUAUCUGACUUUUAA